CUUAACGUUAGAAGGUCGCUCCGUGACCUGACUUGACCUGGCUUGGUAUUUAUUGCGCACUAGAUUUUGCGGGAUAACGGUACUGCGGUUAUGUCGCAGCGUGUCAAAGUCCUUGGCGGCACAUUCACUGCAUGUCCUCUGACUUUAACCCAACUCUGAGGAGCUACUAAUGGGAGAGCCAAACUGUAUACAUUUAAAACUUACUGAAAGCCUUUACCGAGCAUUGGAAAACUUGGCUGGUAUGCCACACCAUAUCACUCUGUCCGUUCAGCACCAACCGCAACUGUGUAUCGUAACAAACGGCGUGGAGCGCCGUUUUCAGCUGGAGGAAGAAAAGAGCAUCCCACGCUAUUUUUGCGCUGCGUCAUUGGAAAAAUCCUGCGCGUUAUUUAUCGGCCCUGUUCUCAGUGGUCUCCGCGCUGUCGCAGAUGAUGAAAGCUUCCAGAACGCUCGUGAAGGCUUGGUUAAAGACGUAGAGCAAAGCCGAAUACUAAAGUUACGAACGCUCAAGGUUCAAGCGGAUUCAGCGUCCAUGUUGAAGAAUGAGCGAUUGACAAAUCGUAAAAAGAACAUGAAAAAUGCUUCCAGUUCUCGAAAGCGUCCGUCAUCCAUCAAAGCGACUGUCUUGGAGUCUCCCUCGAUCAAAGUCAGCCAAAGUAGAAAGAGGCGCAUUGAUAUGAAAGCUCUGGAUUCAGGUGCAUCGCUCGCCUCACUGCCGCUGAACGUAACCCGGCCAACCGUCGCACCAUCAUCGCUUCCGUCAUCUCCCAGAGAAACAGCUAAAAAUGAAACGUAUUUUGGGGAUUCUGGACGCCUUGCCUUGGACUCGACGGUUUCGGUUGAAGAGUUGGUCCGAAAGCGUAGUGAUGCUUAUUGUCGUCGCCGCGCCUUGGAAGAGAGGUUGGUCGUCGCUCUGUCAGAGUCUGACAGUAAGGUUAAAAAGGACUUAAUAGAUCUUAUUGCUGCCAGUUUUGGACGUUUCUAUCUACCUAACUUUAUGGGUUGGAUUCGAGAAACCUUUCGCAUGGUGACCUACAUGGCCGUUCCUUGUACUGCGUUCACUUUGGUCAGCUUCCCCUCAUUUACCGAGCGCGCGCUUGCAAUUGAACGUGUGUUUAUUUUUGAUCAAACUCGUAAAGAUCUAUAUCCGGACGAUCUGGAGACCAUCGAUGAGGCUAGGAAGCGCUGCGGUGGCCCUUUCCGUUUUUCCUUCUGGAAGAACGAAUGA